AUGGAGCAACGGCAUGAGCGAAAUGAAGUCGACCAGUUUGGUUUCGACCCCGUUUCUCCAAAUACGCAUAUAGACGACCAAAACAAAGAACAGAAUACAACAAGCGACCACAGUGCCCGCAAAAUGCAGUAUCUCAGCGACGGGAUAUCCACGAAGCUGUCUCUUGAUGAGGCUAGUCCCACAGCUUGCCAAAGUACAACUUGA